AUGCAAGGUCAGAAUAUCUUAUGGACUGCAGGCGUCCUAGUCGCGGCGCUCUUGCAGACGGUAGCAGUCGUAAACAUGGAGAAUAUAAAAGGGCGGGCUUCUACAUUAUUCCCAGAGGAGCGAGAAAAGGAGCUUUCGGAUCUAGAGGAAUCGGAAGCAACGUAUCCCGGCUCGUCUAAUAUGUUCAAUUCUCUUUAUCAUCAGACAAAUCCGAGUUUUUCGUAUUUCCCAUCUUUGCCAAACUUUUCGGGUUCCACUUUCUCCUUCGAUUUCGGUCAAAAUACGAGCGAUGGUGUUCAUCAGCAAAUCAAGUGCGGCGAUACUUUUCACCAAUCCUGCCAGUACUCGCGAUACCGAAGCUACGAUGGUUCGUGCAACAAUCUUGGAAACCCCACAUGGGGCCUGGCUAACACGAGAUACGGAAGACUCGUACGUCCACGUUACAGCGACGGAAUUCGAGCACCGCCGAAAUCGGUCACUGGCGCGAACUUGCCGUUGGCUCGAACAGUCAGUUACACGAUGUUCCCGAACCUCAACAUUGACGACAGAAUAUGGACUCUGGUAGCGAUGCAGUACGGACAGGUUAUAACGCAUGACAUGGGUCUGAUCGACGGUACAACUCAAUCAACGUCACAUAGCACGCGAUGUUGUACCUUCGACGGACAGAUAACAUGGGAAGCGGCAGCGAAUCCUCGGUGCUUUCCGAUGCUUAUAACUCAGGAAGAUCCGGUCUAUAGCAAAUCCUCCAUACGAUGCCUGAACUUUGUUCGUAGUACGACCGACCUUGAUCGGGGCUGCUCGUCCCCAUACAUGCCGGCACAACAGCUGAACACCGUCACUCAUUAUUUGGACCUUUCGCUCGUUUACGGCUCGAGCGACCAAGUUGCAGCUAGCCUGCGAGCCGGUUUCGGCGGGCGUUUGAACGCAGAACUGAAAAAUAACAGGGAAUUUCCACCACCGGCAUCUAACAAGUCCACCGUAUGCGAAGCGAUGUACGAAUAUGAGCCGUGCUACGUUGCCGGUGAUAUACGAGUCAAUCAAAAUCCUCAACUAACAAUUCUGCAGAUCGUGCUUCUCAGAGAACAUAAUCGCAUCGCGGAUUAUUUGGCAAAAUUAAAUCCGCACUGGACCGACGAAACGAUAUUUCAGGAAACGCGGCGAAUUGCCAUCGCCGAACAUCAGAACAUUGUGUAUUACGAGUGGAUGCCAAUUUUCUUAGGUCGUGAGCAAGUUUAUCGCGACAAAAUCAUCUACAACACUGACGGCUAUGUGAAUGAUUACGAUGAAACGGUUAAUGGCAAUGUGCUGAACGAACACUCCACCGCAGCCAUUAGAUAUUUCCACAGCCUGGUCGCCGGUAAUCUCAACUUAGUAACGGAGGAUCGUCACGUCUCGCCCUUCUAUAGUCUAAGAUUGAGCGACCACUUCAACAGACCCGGCAUUAUCGAGAAGGGCAACAAUUUGGACGAUCUAAUAAGGGGCUUUGCCUUCCAGCCGCAAAGGGAAGCCGAUAUAUAUUUCGAUCAAGAGAUAACGCAGUACCUCUUCAGAAGAGGAAGAGCCCUUGGGAGUGACCUACGAGCGACAGAUAUACAAAGAGAUCGCGAUCACGGACUCGCUUCUUACAACGAUUAUCGCGAGUAUUGCGGAUUACCACGAGCAAAGAAUUUCAUGGGUUUUGCCGACUACAUCUCGUUCGGAGAUAUACAGAAGCUCUCGAUGUUGUACGCUAGCCCGGACGAUGUCGAAUUAACCGUUGGUGGAUCUUUGGAAAAGCAUAUCACCGGCACGCUAGCCGGUCCGACGAUUUUAUGCAUCAUGACGAGACAGUUUCAACAGACACGAAUGGGUGAUCGUUACUGGUUCGAGACCGAAGAUCCGGAACUAGCAUUUACGCUAGAGCAACUGAACGAGAUACGAAAGUCGAGCAUAUCACGUCUACUUUGUGACAACGGGGAUCGCAUUCAAUACAUGCAGAAAUCAGGAUUCGCACAAGUCUCCGUAAUGAAUCCGCUUUUGAACUGUGACGAACUACCGCGAAUGGAUCUCUCUUACUGGAAGGAUUACGGUCCGGAAACUUAUGACACCUAUCAGCAUAUCACGAGUCCGCAAUAUAAAAAGUAA